CAAAACUAAAUCGUCUUUUUGUAGGUUUAAUGUUCCGUGCAGCCGACAUAAAGAGCUUCGGUAAAGCAGGAACCAGCUGGCACUUUCGCCGGACGAUGGAUGAGCUGGUUCAUGAUUUGGUGUCGGCGCUGGAGGAGAGUUCUGAGCAGGCAAGGGGGGGUUUUGGGGACGGGGGCGACCAUGCCCUGGCUGUCGGCUGCCUGCUGAAGCGUCAGGCACGGAAACGGCGCGGCAGGAAACGGCGUUCCGACAACCCCCACCCUCCCUGGGAGACCGGCCAUCUGAGCGAAGGAUCAGAGUCCAGUCUGGAUGAGCACAAAGACUACAGAACCUCCUCCAGCGCAGCAGGGGGCGCUCACGCACGAGACAAUAAUAACAGUGACUCGGAUGAGCAGCUGGGGGCCAAGCGACGCACCCCCUUGGCUUCGGACUGCAGCAGGGGCAAGAGGGGCUUGUGGCAUGAGGACGCUGGGGUCGGGGGUGACGCUUUAGGCACACGCAGCUUGCGCAGACGGAGAAAAGUGAAGCGCAUGGCUGUGGAUCCACCACUAGAUGUCACCAGCAUGCUGGCGCCCCCCUUACACAAACCCUCGGAGAGCAGAGAGGCGGGCGCCUUGGCGGAGGGGAAAGGAAGUGAUGUAAUGAAGAACAGGGUGAAGAAGAGGAAGCUGGCGGCUCACCGGCUGGCGCAGGAAGCUGCAGAUGAGGGCGUGGUCGUGGAGAGCGAGGAGACUGGAAAAGACAAAAUGGAACUAGAGGAGGCCAAAGGCUCAGACGAAGACAUGAGUGACAGUGAAACCAGCAGUGUGAGUAACAGCAGUGAUGGAGGUCUGUACACCAAUGAUGAAGGCAGACAAGGGGACGAUGAGCAAAGUGACUGGUUUUAUGAAGGAGAAGCGGGUGGAGCGUGUGGGAUCGCCGGAGUGGUUCCGUGGUGGGAACGGGAUUCAGCGGAGCUGGACCAGUUCGACCCGGUUUUUAACAGCAUCCUGACCGGAGCCUUCCCACUCAUGUCUCAGGGUGCACAAAGAGGGUUCCAGGCCAGGCUGGGGAGGCUGCAGAGUGGACCCUCUGCUCAGGGGAAUCUACAGCAGCAGUCUGUGUCUCAGGGUGCCAGCUGUUCUGAGAGGCUUGGUAGACUGUCCCAGGAUCCCCACACACAUGAGCCCUGGUUUAGUCCCAGUUCCCGGAGGGAACAUGGACAGUUACACUGGGAUUCCCGUGCAGAUCGGGGCCAUAGGAGGAGCUGCUCACUAAAGACUGCCAGCAGACAGACGAGUGGUCAUCUCGGUUCACUGUGUACAGGAGAUGUGAAAAGACGGAGGAAAGCAGCACCCAUGGGUGGACCUGCUUCUGCAGGUAUGGUGGGUGAGGGUGCCCCUCCUAUCCCAGACACUAACAUGGGGAACCGGAUGCUACAGGGGAUGGGUUGGACUCCAGGGUCGGGUUUGGGUCCUGAAGGCCGGGGUAUCACUGAGCCCAUCAGAGCCAUGCAGCGGCCCAAGGGCGCUGGGCUGGGAUUUAACUGAACCCCGGGUUUUGGACCCAACUAAGCCUCAGAAUCCAGGCUGUCCAGGGCAGUGGACAGAAUUCUGUGUGUCUGUCUCUGUCAGAGAGACAGAACUACCCCAGAGCCCAGCAGUCACGCCUACACCGUUAGAAUUAACGGACACAUCUUCAGCAGAGAGACGCAGACAUGACACACGGAAGGAGGGAUGCAGUAAACGACAGGAAACCACCUUUAAAGACUCAAUGAGGAUGAGAGUGGGAGUGUGUUUUAUUGGACUGAAGAGCUUCACACACACGCACACACACACACGCACACACACA